ACUAGGCAAUUGUGGUACAGCCGACAUUGAUCAAACGUGCACUUCCUGGAUUUGGGUGAUGUCGAUAAUUUUAUUAUGUUUAUGCUAGGUCCAGUAAUAUACUUAGAACCAACACUGGAUAUGAUUUCAUUCAGCAUUAAGUUUCUUAUUUAACCUUAAAUAACAGUGUACACAGUUGGUGGAACCUACAGCUGACUGUCUCUGUCGUAUAUUGCUAGCAUCAUUAAAGAGGGCUAACUAGCUGUUGAAGCUAACUCAGCUGCUCUUCAACCAUCGCCCGCCUUGUUGUUGUAAUGUAUUUGUAAGUUCUUCGGGUGCAAAAAUAAGAAUACCAAAGUCGCAGCUUUUACCAAAUCUAGAAGCGCCAAGACAUGAGUGCAGAAGAUGCAAACCCCGCCGCCACACCCACCCCUUGUGGAGACAUUCAAGGAGAUGGACGGUGGAUGUCCAUGCAUGAACGUUUUGUGUCUGAUGGCAAAGGAAAGGAGCCUGAGGUUGUUUUUGUGGGAGACUCACUAAUUCAGUUGAUGCAUCAGUUUGGAAUCUGGCGACAGCUGUUUUCACCUCUACAUUCCCUUAAUUUUGGCAUCGGUGGUGAUGCAACACAACAUGUGCUGUGGAGACUUUAUAAUGGUGAACUUGAUAACAUCAGCCCCAAGGUUAUAGUUCUGUGGGUAGGGACCAACAACCAUGGUCAUACUUCUGAAGAAAUCUGUGGAGGCAUUAUGGCUAUUGUCCAAGUCAUCAAGAACAAGCUCCCACAGGCUCACACACUUGUACUUGGUCUGCUCCCAAGAGGUAAAAUGCCAAACCCUUUACGUGAGAGAAAUGCCAUGGUGAACAAACUGGUGCAAGAGGCCUUAUCUUCUCUUCCGUACGCCUCUUUUCUUAAUGUUGAUCCUGGCUUUGUGCUCUCCGAUGGCAGUAUCUCCCACCAAGACAUGUACGAUUAUCUUCACCUGACUCCCAAGGGCUAUCAGGCUGUGUGCGAACCUCUGCACGAACAUAUCAAGUCUCUGCUGGAAAAACCUGCCGAGCAUUGAAGAAACAACUUUUUUGUUCUGAGCAACCUUAAACUCUUGCCUUACACUUAUCAAUUCCAUAUUUUAAGUUAUAUCCUCAUAAAAUCUGUGCUCUUUUUUAAAGGCUUAAGAUCUUAUAAGAACAAAUUUGCUUUAUUCGCCCCUUUUUUUCCAGAAUGUCCAUUCAUAUUACAUGCUUUUUUUUUUUUUUUAACAAACUGUCUUGUUUACUUAUUCCUAUGCUCUGCUGUAUGUUGGUGAGUUGCCACAAUACAAUGAAUAUUGUAUGUUAUAAAUACUUAUACAGUAUAUGCACUAUAUAUGUAAGAACAUCUAAUGUUACAGGGCUUUUUCUUAAACUAAAAUGCAAAUGAAUCUACUCUUAAAACAUAA